UCAGAAAUGUAUUUUGGCCCUAAACCAUUUAGUGCUUUGUAAACCAGCAGGAGUAUUUUGAAUUAUAAAGUGAGUGCAGCAGUGCUCAGUGCAGUCUUACUUCCUUCUGUGCACUGUGCAUAUGAUAUUGGGUGCAAUGUAUGCAGUGAAUUAUACGGUAUGUACUGGAUACUGUAUGUUAAAUACAAUAUAUCUAGUGGUGAUUUAUAUCCUCUGCACAUGAUGCCCUAAAGUCUUUUGAAGAAAUUGGUUUGCUCAUUUUAGUUUGUUUUAAUAAGCUUUUAUUUUUAUUAAUUGCAUGUUUCCCUUCAUUUUUUUUAUUAGUGGCCUAAUAAGGUGAGAUCAAAUUCCUCAUCCAUUUUUCUUUGUCAACAUGUACAUGGGUUUGCCACUAUAGGCCUGAGCUCGAAUUGCAGUUCCCCAGUUUGCCCACUGGUCGGCGCUGUUCACCACUAAAUGUGUAGUAAACUGAGGGGCUGAGAGUUGAUUUUGCAUUCUCUGCAACACAUAAGAUUUAAGAUGAGAUAAGAUACGAUGAAUCUUUAAUGAUCCCGUUGGGGGAAGCUGGUCAAUUUUGGCAUUUAUUACUAUACACGCCAAUCAAAAGAGCAGUUUGCAUUGAUUUGAAAAAUUGCUUAUGUGUGAGGGGUAGCUGUUGUUGGAAUAUGUUUUAUAUAGCACAUUAAAUAUAUUGGAUCAGCUGAUAAAUAUAUUGGACAUUUAACACUGUUAAGAUGUGUAUAUUUUAAGGAAUGGGCUGGAAUAUUUCAUCAGCUUUAUGUUGCUGUUCAAAUAGAAAAUAAUAAGUUAUUCUGAUUUAUGUGUUAAUGUGAGGUGAUUGAAACAUUUGCUGUCAUUUUGAGGUUAUUUGGCUGUAAAAAUAAAUAAUAGAAUAAAUCUGAUUUAAUAAAAAAUGCAUAAAUAAAGAAUAAUGAAAACAAUCAUAAUAAGCGGUCAGGCCUUUUUGGGGUAAAUGAGGUUUCUGUCCCUUCUAAUUCAUCCUCCUGAAAAACGUGGAAACCGAUGACACGGCCAACACUUUAAUUGCUCCCAUUGAUUGAUCGUAUAAAAACACAACAAUGCCGCCUCAUAGCCCGGGUGGUUUUCCCCCCUCUAUAAGAAAGCUGGCUGAGUUGAAUUGGGUGUAGCUGUGUCUGUGUUGCGUCCUUGGCCAAUGGAACCAGAUCCUCCCUGCAGUGCGUAAGAGCGCGUAUUUAGGAUUUAACCAAGUCUUUGCUGCGGGGCUGGCUGCAGUCUUCACCAAGAGCCCGACGGCCUGAGAGCCUUUUUCAACACAAUGCCAGUGUAGUUUUUCCACACACCACUUUUGGAGUCAGACUGCAUAUCUUUUCGCUAUAAUCAAAUAAAACAGAACCCACGCGUUCCAUUCUCGAACCCACGCGUUCCAUUUCUCGAAGUAUGACUGGAGUAUUCGAUCGGAGGAUAGUGAAAACUGCAGACUUCCAGAGCUCCUUCACGAUGCAUCAUCCGUCUCAGGAAUCUCCUACUUUACCGGAGUCCACCGCCACGGAUUCUGGCUACUACAGUCCGGCCGGUGGAGUCACUCACGGCUACUGCUCGCCCAGCUCCACCUCGUACGGAAAGCCUCUGAAUGCCUACCAGUACCAGUACCCAGGCGUCAAUGGAUCCGCUGGAAAUUACUCGACAAAAUCCUACACCGAUUACAGCUCGUACACGACUCCAGCCUACCACCAGUAUGCUGGGACUUACAGCAGAGUGCAAGCACAGCCGAGUCCACAAGAAAAAGAGACAAUCGAGCCUGAGGUGAGGAUGGUAAACGGCAAGCCGAAGAAAGUGAGGAAACCCCGGACCAUCUACUCCAGCUUCCAGCUGGCCGCCCUGCAGAGGCGCUUCCAGAACACACAGUACCUGGCGCUGCCGGAGAGAGCCGAGCUGGCCGCCGGGCUGGGACUCACGCAAACACAGGUAAAAAUCUGGUUCCAGAACAGGAGAUCAAAACUGAAGAAGAUCAUGAAAAACGGCGAGCUUCCACCGGAGCACAGCCCCAGCUCCAGCGACCCCAUGGUGUGCAACUCUCCACAGUCUCCGGCCGUCUGGGACACACAGGGCCCCUCCAGGCCGCACAGCCUGCAGCCACAAAACAUCAACACCACGGCGUCUAACUUUUUGGAAAGCUCGGGGUCAUGGUACACCUCAGCCGGCAGCUCCAUGACCGCCCACCUGCAGACCCCUAACUCGAUACAGCACUCGUUGGCUCUUGGAGCAGGGACGUUAUAUUGAAAAAAAAACAAAAACAAAAAAAAAACCCUGUUGUUCAUUUCAAUUUUUUUUUUCUCCUUCUAUGGGACUCGUGUUUCAAAUUUUCAGAGGAAUAUGCAAAUGUAUUUGAUGACAGUCAUAGAAGAAAAAACGUGUAAAAUGUGUAAAUGUGUGCAUGUAAUUUAUUGCAUUUUUGGAAGACUAUUAAACGUUUAAAUGGACAAUGGAAAA